GUUUCAUACCAUCUUAUGCGUAUUUAUAGCUUCAACCAGCUAUCAAGAAGUAGAAAAAAGUGUGAACGAUCACAAGUCAUGAAAACGUUCUUUCUAAUAGUGCUGUGGGUUUCUUAUUGCUCGGGUUUUCAGUUUGAAGACUGUGGAGGAGCACAAAAAACUCUGUUUAUUGAAGAUUUAGAUCUUACUCCAUCUCCAUUUACCGUCCCGGGAAACUUAAAGAUGUCCGCUAGAGUUCGUGUCAGCAAACCAGUUCCAGCUAAAACGGUGGUCGAUAUUAAAAUGAUUAGAAUAUUGAACAUUGUAGGCCAAAAGUUCAACUUAACUAUUCCUUGUAUCAAAAAUCUUGGGUCGUGUAAGCUAGCAGCCUGUGACAUGUUAAAAGAGCACAUGAAUAGAGUAUGCAGUCUGUGGCCUGAAGGUAAACCUUGUGAAUGUCCCAUUGCUGCUGGAGUAUAUGAGGGAAAGGGUCUGAACUUUCCCUUGCCUGACUUUGGACCUCUACUAUCUCAACUUGCUGCCGGAGACUACCAUUUAGAGAUGAGAGCACGUGACCUGCAGACAGAUGUCGAAAUUGGAUGUAUGAGAAUCAGCAUGAGUAUUAAAUCUAUCUCAAGAAAAUACUGAUUUGACUCAGUACACGAUGACUGAUUUGCCCAUCAUCUGUCUCUGUAUGAUUCCAUGUGUUAUAUUACUGUUAUAGACGUUAGUAAUUUUGUGAAUAUUUAAUAAAUAAGAGUUACACCAAAAUAUU